GUCUGGAAGCAACUUGGCACAGCGUCCGUCGAGUCUAGGAUCCAGACAGGCCGCCCGCCCGCCCAGCGGUGGCGAGCAUGGAGCGGGCACGGCUCUGGCUGCGGCACUGGCCUGCGCCGCUGCACGGGCGCAGCGACGGCCAAGGGGGACCUGCCGAGCCACAACAGUGGAGGCUGAGUCUACGACCGGCCUUGCUCCGUGGGAAAUCGAGGAGGAGACCGAGGACGAGCGACAGGCGCGUUACGCGCGCGAGGCCGAUGAGAUGAAGCUGAAAUGGGAUGCGAGGCGCUUGGAGGAGAAGCACUCGGCGCAAAGGCGCCAGGCUUGGUCGCAGAAAGAGCAGGAGCGAGCUUCCCUCUACGGGCCGCGGGAUCCGAUCAUGGAGGCCUACGAGGCUCGGAUGUACGAGGAGGCCCGUGUCAUCGAGAUUAGACGGCGGCAGCGGGAGGUCUACGAGCGCAUCAAGGCCCACAAGGAGGGGAAGCCGCUGCCUCCGAAGGGCACUCCGUACUUGGUGCUGAAGCCUGCGCCCACGGAGCCGCCGAAGCCUGAAGAGUUUGACGUUUCGGGCCACUACAAGCCCGAGGAGGACAUCGAGGCAAGAAAGUACAAAGCACCCGACUCCUACGUGUCGCCCACCGGCCCG